CGCUCCUCUUCACCGAGCGGAGGUACAGUCACGGUGACAGUUACGGCGCUAAUGUGGCGGAGGAGCUUCAGCUUCAGCACCAGAAGCAACUCGGACGCGAUGCGCGUGCUGAAGGAGAAAAAAUGGGAUGCGCUGGUGAUAGGAGGCGGCCACAACGGCUUGACGGCCGCCGCUUACCUUGCUCGCGGCGGCCUUUCUGUUGCCGUGCUCGAGCGCCGCCAUGUCAUCGGCGGCGCAGCAGUAACCGAAGAACUAAUCCCUGGCUUCAAGUUCUCUCGCUGUAGCUACCUCCAGAGCCUUUUACGCCCCUCCAUCAUCAGAGAACUCGACCUACCUAGACAUGGAUUGAAGCUGUUGAAGAGGAGUCCGUCUUCGUUUACGCCUUGUUUGGAUGGAAGGUAUCUUCUAUUAGGACCUGAUAAGGAGCUCAAUCAUUCUGAGAUUUCCAAGUUCUCCAAACGAGAUGCGGAUGCUUAUCCAAGAUAUGAGAAUCAGUUAGAGAACUUCUGUAAAUUCAUGGAUCCACUUCUGGAUUCACCAACUCCUGAAUCUUUGCAAGGUAUUUCAUCUGUCAAAGAUCGGUUCCAGGAUAAAAUAUCCAAGUCUGCCUUUUGGGCUCGGUUACUGCGGCAGGCUAUUUCUUUGGGACAGAAAGACAUGGUGGAUUUUAUGGAACUUUUAUUGUCGCCGGCUUCUAAGGUUUUGAAUAACUGGUUUGAGACAGAUGUUCUAAAGGCAACUCUUGCAACUGAUGCUGUAAUAGGGAGUACGGCUAGUGCCUCAACACCAGGGAGUGGAUAUGUUUUGCUGCAUCAUGUGAUGGGAGAAACUGAUGGUGAUUGUGGAAUAUGGUCAUAUGUUGAAGGUGGAAUGGGCUCAGUAUCAAAGGCUAUUGGCAAUGCUGCUAAAGAAGCAGGGGCUCAUAUUGUAACAAGUGCUGAGGUUUCAGAACUGAUGAUGGAGGAUUCUGGCAUAGUAAAUGGAGUAUUGAUGGCUGAUGGUACACGGGUGCAAUCUUCAAUUGUUUUAUCAAAUGCCACACCUUACAAAACUUUCAUGGAGUUAGUGCCCAGUAAUGUUCUUCCCGAUGAUUUUGUCCGUGCGAUUAAGUAUUCUGAUUACAGCUCAGGAACUACAAAAAUAAACCUUGCUGUUGAUAAAUUACCUGAGUUUGGUUGUUGCAAGUUGAGUCAUCAUGAGGCAGGUCCCCAACAUGUUGGUACCAUUCAUCUUGGCUCUGAGAGUAUUGAGGAGAUUGACUCAGCCUGUCAAGAUGCUGUCAAUGGAUUACCAUCGCAAAGGCCAGUCAUUGAAAUGACAAUUCCAUCUGUACUGGAUAAGACUAUUUCUCCAGCUGGUAAGCAUGUGAUUAAUUUGUUUAUUCAAUACACCCCUUACAAACCAUUGGAUGGCAGUUGGGAAGAUCCUUCCUAUAGAGAAUCAUUUGCAAAAAGAUGUUUCGCUUUGAUAGAUGAAUAUGCUUCUGGCUUCAGCUCGUCAAUAAUAGGCUAUGACAUGCUAACUCCCCCAGACCUCGAGAGGGAAAUAGGCCUAACAGGAGGAAAUAUCUUUCACGGUGCAAUGGGAUUAGAUUCCCUCUUUCUCAUGCGACCUGUCAAAGGAUGGUCAAAUUACAGGACUCCGUUACCAGGGCUAUACUUGUGUGGGAGUGGAGCACAUCCAGGUGGGGGUGUUAUGGGUGCACCUGGUCGUAAUGCUGCACGAAUAGCGCUUAAAGAUUUUAAGAGAACAUAAAAUUAUGUAAAGAUGCAUUCCUGAUGAUAUCUCCAUGGUCCAGUGUUUCAUCUUCCUUUUAGUCCGGUUGAUGCACUCUGUAGUAAAAGGAUCAUAUACUUCCAAUGGAAUCAAAUAAAAAAAUGGAUCAUUC